AUGACAGAAGGGAUGGACCGCAGGAAUGACAAACUCGUGGGGAGGUCUGCGGAGUUAACUGCGCCACCAGCUAUUUCUCAGCUCUACGAGGAGUUGUCUUCUGAACUCGAGGGAGUUACUGCAGCGUACAAUCUUCUUAUGGAUUUCUUGAGGGAGCCUGUGCAGGAUGAUGAUCCCUCAGGCCGCACCGGUGACGUUCUGAAGCGGCUGGCGGCUCUACUGAAAUUCAUAUCGCAGCGGUUGUAUUGCAGGUUGCGUGAUGCCUCCAUAGGAUUCGUGCGGGAGAGUGGUGCGGGUGAAGUCAAGCGGUACUCGAAGGAAUUGAGUAAUUUACGGGGUGUAAUUCGGUCGGGAGCGGAGCAACGACGAGUCUCUGACGAACACGGCACACCACAAGUGGGGAAAAACAGCCGAUUCUUUUUCGCCAUUUCCUCCCUUUACAACAGGGAAGAGCGGGACCGCACAAGCAAGCUCGUGUCACGUGGGCUUAAGAAGAAGGUGCUCAUGCUUCCUUCGCCUAAUGCUGAAGAAGAAGAAAGUGAAGCAGAAACAGCGCUCAAGAUGGGAUGCAACGUCCUUGUUUCUCCGCAAAUAGAAAAGGCUACAUGGGCCGCUCGGAUUGUAACGAUGGAGUCGCUUUCAGAGUUUGUGUACAGGAAGUGUGGUGAUGAAGGUGAGUGGGAUUCCGCGCGACAGUUAGAAGACGGCGAAUGUGAUAUCGACGAAGAGUUGGAUGAGUUGCUUAAUCAGUUGGAGGAUACUUCCCGAAAUCAAGUUUCCCAGUUUGUUGUCGAGUUUCCCGAGGCUGAGGAAGCGUCUCACUCGGAAGUGGUCCCGCGAGACCUCCUGCGUGGGUUUAAUGGCCUGUCUUCCCAAUCAGUAUACGCAGAUGUCGACUCGCAAAUCGCAGUUCCCGCAUGUGGGCUGGAUAGCGGUAGGCGCCCGGUUCUCCUCCCUGCGAGAAGGACUUAUUCGGAUAGUCAGAUGGGUUUAUUGCUGGGCAAUUCUGUUGAUUUCGAUGGAGACAUGCCCUCGCAGGUGAUACGCUACAAGCGCGAGCCAUCGCCGAUAUCAUCUCCGGAGGGUUCCUUUUCUGAGGAGAGCUUAGAGACACUGUCACCAUCGAAGUGGUGUUUUCAGGUUAGUCACCUGGUGGAGGAAAGGGAAGAAGUUAUAAGUGCCAUAGGGAAACUUGGGGCACGAGUUGUAACAAGAGGGACGUACUGCAAAGAAACAACUCAUUUGGUUAUAGCCGGAGGUGCAACAGAGCGCACGGCGGCAUUUCUUGGCUGCUGCGCCGCUUUAAAGCAUGUCGUCACGCCCCGUUACGUGUUUGAGUCGCGUGCACGGGGGCGGUGGAUUGUUGGCCGUCUACAUGAGUACGAGAGAAAUCCUCUGCUAAGAGAUUGGGUGAUUCCAACCCGGGCAGUGUUUGGUGGGUGGCGUGUAGCCCUUUUUACGACGAGCAUAGAAGUGGAACAAGGUAUAACAAACGUUCUAGAGGCAGGUGGCUGCAAAAGUAUUACACCCUUUAGGAUAGGUCACGAAAGCACUGCGGCAGUGGAUCCCUCAACCAUACAAAAGUUCUCCCAUAUACUCGUGGAAUGCUUUCAAAGUGUUAAAGAGUUGUCUUACUUUAUUCCUCCUCCCAAAUUUCCUGAGCAACUGAUGCACAUGAACGUUGAGAUAUAUGCACUGGAAUUACUCCAUCAGGUGUUAUGCCUUGCCACCUCACCUAUCUUCGACGCAACGGGUCGGCUCAUGGAUGGUCAAAAGCUUCCCGAAUGGUGCUACGUAAUGAAAGCUGGGGGCAGUGUACAAAAAUAA